AUGGGACAACGUGACACAGAGAGUAGCACUGCGGUCAUACAGUCCCCCAAACAGGGACAGCACUUGAGCAGUGUACACCUCAGCCMCCCCACAGCCCAGCAGGCUGGGGACAAGGGCACAGUGGGGCCUCCUGGGACUGUGCAGCGCAGCUGGCUCACUAGCAGGAGGCUCAGCAAGUCGGAGACUGCCCUUUCAAGGGCCCGAGGCUCGGUCAGGCAGAAGCAGGCAGGAGAGCUGAGCCAGAGGAACCAGGAAUGGGGCAAGCUGAGCCUGGUUUCUGCACAGGAGAAGAAGAUCUUCGUGGUGCAGGGCCCCUACCCCAUCAUUCGCCGGCAGCUGCGAGCCCGGGGCUGGGUGGAGAAGAAGCUCCCCAGUGUGGGCAGACAGCUGGAGCAGCACCACAGUGACCAAAACAAGCUGCGGCUGGAGAUUGGGACAAGUAAUGGUGAUGGUGGGCAGGGGAAGGCACUGCUGAGCCCACAUGGUGGGGCAGAGCCUUUUCAAGAGACCACAGACCCCCUGCACURCCCUGAGGAGGAAGAGCACUGUGAUGAGGACCCCAGCGGCAUCCAUAAGCUCAUGUCCUACCUGGUGCGGGACCAGCCACCAAACUUCAUCUGGACCAACUUCCUUGAGGCSACAGACCGACAGCUACUGCAGCAGGACUACGUGGUGAACCACUAUGCCCGGGUGGAUGCAUUCACCACCAAGGAGGGGCUGUGCCUCAGCCUACAAAACCUGCCGUGGAUUGAGCAAGCUGACCCCAACACCUUCUUCCCYCGGUGCUACCGGCUGGGGUCCGUGAACGAGCUUGAAGCUUUCAUUGAGGAUUUCCGCCUGACAGCAGCACGCAGCCUGCUCAAACUGGCCCUGGAGGAGGCUGGGGAUGGGCCGAUGGGGACUAAGAAGGUCCUAAACUUUGCCAAGGGGGCAGCACAGCCAGGCUCCCCCCUGUACCCUGAGCUGCUGGAAGAGGCCCUGGAGGUCUGUAAGGAGCACCURGGUGUUCUGCAGCACCACGACAUUGACAGGAGGACCCCGUCCCCCUGUAGGACAUGCAUCAACUGGGAGCGUUUCCUGCAGGACUACUACCGUGUGGCACAUGAGGGGGCAAAGCUGGUCCUGACCAGGCAGCAGCGGAGGCAGUGUCAGAACCUGCUGCAGAACCUGGCAGAGCAGCUGCCCCAGCUUGGCAUGGAGGGCAAGCUCAACGUCUGGAUCCUCAAGCCUGGUGCCGAAUCCCAAGGCAGGGGCAUCAUCUGCACAACACGGCUGGAGGAGGUGCUGCAGCUGACACGGGGCUGCACGACCGUGCAGGUGGGCAGGUGGGUGGUGCAGAAGUACGUGGAGAAGCUGCUGACCAUCUUUGGCACCAAAUUCGACAUCCGGCAAUGGUUUUUGGUGACUGACUGGAAGCCAUUGACCGUCUGGUUCUACCAAGACUGCUACCUGCGCUUCUGCUCCCGGCCCUUCUCCCUGUGUCACCUGGAGCGUGCCAGGCACCUCUGCAAYGUCUCCGUCCAGAAGUGGUACAAGUCGUCACCAGAUCAGGACCCCCAUGUGCCCCCCGACAAGAUCUGGUCCCACAAGCAGUUCCAGGCACACUUGGCACGGCUGGGGCGGGCGGAUGCUUGGCACCGGGUGCUGGUGCCCGGCAUGAAGGCGGCGAUCCUGAACGCCCUGCGCAGCGCCCAGGACCAGGUGUGCUUCCGCAAGGGCAACUUUGAGCUCUAUGGAGCCGACUUUCUUGUCGGGGAGGACUGCCAGCCCUGGCUGCUGGAGAUCAACUCCUGCCCCUCCAUGAGCCCCUCGUCAGCGGUGACCCGCCAGCUCUGCGCCAACGUUCAGCGGGACACRCUGCGCCUCGUGCUCGACCGCAAGGAYGACCCCACCUGUUCCAUYGGRGCGUUUGAGCUCAUCUACAAGGAGGCAGCUGUGCCCAAGCCUCUGUCAGGGCAUGUGAAGCUGAUGGUCAAAGGCUAUUCCCUGAAGAGGCCCCAGUCAGCAGAGCACCAGGCCCAGGACAAGCACCCCAGUGCUUCACCCUGUGCCUUCCACCACCCUGCGUCCCCAGGAGCCAGAGCUACCAAUGUACACAAGCAUCAAUUUAUCACCACUAUGCUCAGUGCCCCCAAGCUCCUUGUGUUCCCAGGGGGCAGAGCCAUCCAGGUGCCCAAGCAAGCACAAUUCCUCACUGGGCCCAGGGUCCCCAGGCUCCCUGUGUCCCCAGUGAGAAGGACCAUCCGGGUGCCCAAGCAAGCACAGCAUCCAUCUCCCACCACUGUGCCCAGGGCUUCCAAGCCACCUAUGUCCCCAGGGAGCACGACCACCCAGGUGCCCCUGAGAGCACAGCAUCCAUCUCCCACCAUGUCCAAGGUCUCCAAGUCACCUGUGUCCCCAGGGAGCAGGACCACUCAGGUGCCCCUGAGAGCACAGCAUCCAUCCCCCACCACUGUGCCCAGGGCCUCAAAGCCAUCUGUGUCCCCAGGGAGCAGGACCACUCAGGUGCCCCAAAGAGCACAGCAUCGAUCUCCCACCACUGUGUCCAAGGCUUCCAAGCCACCUGUGUCCCCAGACGUGCCCCAGCCCAGAGCAGCAACAGUGAACGUGCCUCCUCUGGAGCAAUGGAGCAACUGCUCUUCCCCCAGUUCUAACCCCACAGCAUCGCCAAAGUCUCGGGCCUCCUCCGCUGGGAGCCAGGGGAUGCCAUGGCUCAGUUGCCUGCCCGGRCAGCCCCAGGCCACACACCCACACAUCAGUAGCUGUCCCCUGGCUUGGAUGCCUGUGYUGCCACCCCGGGGAACCCCCAGCAACCCCUGGCUAUCCCAGGGCAGUGCCCGCUCCUUCUCUCCUGCCAAACCCCUGUGCCAACCUCUGUCUGCACAGAGCACCAGGACCCGGUGCCUGGAGAAGCACACAGCRGCUCCCAAUGGGAUGCAGAAGACCUGGGACACUGAGACACCCCCAGGAGUGGACCCAACACCACAGAACCCAGCUGCCUCUCAUCCUGAAGAGCUCUCACUGCUAUGUUAUGGUACCCACCUCCUUCCUCAUGCGCGCUUUAAAAUGGUUCUGUGAUAAGGAGCCUGGCUCGGACCUUCUGUGUGUGAGAGUUGUGGGGAGGGCUGGGACUGCCCCUGGGAYGGGGCUGCAGGUGGGACCUCUGGGGCUGC